AAACUUUUGAACCCUAACCGAAGAUUCUGAGUUGUGCACUUCAUAGAGAAAGUAAAAUAAUUAUUUUACUUACUCUAUGGUGCACUUCAAAGUGACAACCUUCGGCAGCAAAACAUUAAAGACUUUACUAUUUAUCUCUUAAAAUUCAGGUCGUCAAUAAGGGCCCCUCUAGUGAACCGUGUCCCCAUUUCAAGGCCCUGGGGGUUGCUCCUUUGUAAUUAAGCCCCAAAUCACGUUUGUUUGCUAUGAUAAGAGCUAAUUGCUAUCCAAAGCGGUCUUAUCAAUGAAGAAGCGCAAAGCUCGGUAGGCAGGAGCUUCCGCUAUGGAGACCGUAGUGAAUGGGGCCCUCGCCCCAGAUGGGGAUAGAGUGGAGAAACGAACGCGGCGAAGAGUAGGCAACAAGUCCAUCAUCCAGAGUGCCAUUGCUCGCAAAGAGCGUUCUUUGAGGCUGGACGACAGGCCUAAAAAGCGCCCCUCUAGGGCUGAGCCAGCCAAGAGGCCCCAAAGAUCAAAGCCGGCCCUCAGGCCCGUCAAGCCUGAGCCAGAGGACGAGUGGAGCGGCCCUGAAGCCAGGGUGGCCCCCCCACUGUGCAAAUGCACUGAAGACAAGCAACUGUUUAUGGAGAAUGCACAAGGUCGUCAGUUUUGCUCCGCCGUGGACGGAAUUGGGGACCAGCUUUUCGGUUGUUGUCGACUGGUGGACGUCACGGAAGCCCCAUUGAGUAGGCCCUCUGUACGGGUGCCGUUUGGGGUGCUGUGCGGCUCCCACCGUCAAAGACUGAUCAGGCACAAUUGCUGCCCCAUUUGCGGUGUUUUCUGCACCCAUGGGCGCUUCGCGCAAUGUGCCGCCGAACACCAUUUUCACAAAGACUGCCAGCAGGAGGGCGCCUGUCCCCAUUGCGCCGACCCUGCUCCCUGCACUGAUAUCACCAUCACCAUGCAUUCGCCUAAGCAGCCAGUGUUCCUUCCCGUUCAAAGAUCUCAGUACCCCUCAACUAGUGAGGCGGCUCUCAUCAGUAUUACUGCCCCAAAAAGGGGACGGAGCCCCGAAGUCCCCAUCAUUCCCCCUGGCCAGUUACAGCCAAUCCGGGACGGGACCACGGUGCGUUUGGACGAGUGCAACCACGCAGGGCUGGUGGCGGCUGUUGAAGAAAGCGACGCCCAAAGGGCGGCAGUGAUUUUGGAAACAGGAAACGUGGACCUGCACAGCCGUCUGCCCGAGUGCAACAACGGAACUUUUCUGCACCUGGCCGUUCAAAAGGGCGACCUUCCCAUUGUUUAUCUGCUAGUGGCCUAUCGGGUGGAUCUGGACGCCCUGGACGCAGAGCAAGGCUCCGCCUUGAUGCUGGCAGUGACGGAACAUCGGAACCAGAUCGCCCAGUAUUUGAUAACAGCCGGGGCGCAGGUUGCUCUUAAGGGCACCGACGGCAUGACGGCGCUACACGCGGCCGCAAGAACCGGGAAUUUAGCAGCUUGUCAGGCGCUGUUGCGUGCAAACAAAGGGCUUUGCGACAUGCGGGACGACGGUGGCUGGACGCCCCUCGUAUGGGCGUGCGAGCACGGGUUUACCGAAGUGGCGCGCUUUCUCCUCGACCAAGGGGCGGACAUUCAUUCCAGGGACGUGGAGCAGAACGUCGCCCUACAUUGGGCGGCUUUCAAGGGCAGUGCCGCCACCGCGGAGCUGCUCCUCAACCUCAACAGCGACGUCAAUGUGGUGAACGUGCACGGCGAUACUCCAUUGCAUAUGGCGGCGCGGGAGGACUGCUACAACUGCGUCCUAGUGCUGCUGGCGCGUCGCGCCGACGUUUCCCUGGUGAACAAGAACAGUGAGACUGCGUUGGACUGUGCGCCCAAGACCGGAAAAUGCUUCGCUCCCCUUGCGCUCAACGCCCAGAUGCAUUUUGCGAUAAGCAACAACCCUCAAAGGCACCCCAGUCUGCUCAGCAACGACAUUUCCAAUGGGCGGGAGCAGAACCCCAUCCAGUGCGUCAACGAUGUGGACGCGAGUCCGCAGCCCAAUGACUACACCUACAUAGCAAAGACCUGCGUCAGUUCGGGCAAUGUGCAGAUCGACCGCAAAGUGGGCGCGAUGCUCCCAUGUGUUUGCACGGAGCGUUGCACUUGUUGCAGCUGCGCCCAGGGCUGGUACGACCAGGGCAAGCUGAGCGCCGACUUCAACUUCCUAGACCCGCCGCUGAUAUUCGAGUGCAGCGACUUGUGCGCCUGCAACGCCAUCCUGUGCCCCAACCGGCUGGUGCAGCGCCCCCUCGCCCAGCGCUUCCAACUGUUCCGAACGCAGUCAAAGGGCUGGGGCGUCAGGGCACUGGGCGCCAUCGGCCUGGGCCAGUUCGUGUGCGAGUACAUAGGCGAAAUUCUCACCGAUCUGGAGGCGGAAAGCCGCACCGACGACAGUUUUCUUUUCGACUUGGACAACCAAGAGAGCGAUUCAUUUUGCAUCGACGCCCGGUUCUACGGAAACUUUGCGCGCUUUAUCAACCAUUCCUGCUUCCCGAAUUUGCAGCCGGUUAAGGUGUUCGUGGAGCACAGAGACUUGCGGUUCCCCCACAUUGCGUUCUUCGCAAAACGCGACAUUGCCGUCAACGAGGAGCUGAGCUUCGACUACGGCGACAAGUUCUGGCUGGUCAAGUACAAGACGUUCACCUGCGAGUGCCGCGCCUCGUGCUGCCGCUACUCCCAGCAGAGUAUUGCGGCCACCUUGGCCAAGUACCGAAUAGGGAGCGCCAAUGACUGAUUCGAGUGAAGUCCAAAAUUUUUUUUUUAUAUUGAGGUUUGGAAACUUCGCGUUGCUGUUGGCAAAGGAACAAAGAUCGGGGUGGUUCAAAAGGCGCCUUAUAACUAGAGAAUUUAACAAUAAAUGAACGCUUAGCGUUCGCAAAUGACACACA